AUGAGCUGCCAGGUGUCGUGCAGGCCUCGGAGAAGCGGCGUUGGCGGCGGCGGAAGGAGCUUCCGCGGCUUCAGCAGCGGCUCAGCCGUGGUCUCUGGUGGGAGCCGGCGAUCUGCCUCUGGCUUCUCCUGCGUGAGCCGCCACGGCGGUGGCGGCGGCGGGGGUUACGGCGCCGGCGGCUUUGGAAGCCGCAGUCUGGUCGGCCUCGGAGGCUCCAGGAGCAUCUCCCUAAGUGUGGCCAGAGGGAGCGGAAGCUUUGGCUUUGCUGGUGGAUCUAGCGGCCGAGGAGGCGGCUUCCUUGGAAGUCUCCUUGGAGGCGGCGGCGGUGGCUUCGGCGGAGGCAGCGGCUUCGGCGGAGGCAGCGGCUUCGGCGGAGGCCGCUUUGGAGGUGGCGGCGGCGGUGGCUUUGGUGGCUUUGGAGGUCCCCGCAGCUCCGGGCCUGGAGGAUUCCCUGGUGGAGGCAUCCACGAAGUGUCCAUCAACCAGAGCCUCCUGCAGCCUCUCGACGUUAAAGUAGACCCCGAGAUCCAGAACGUGAAGUCCCAGGAGCGCGAGCAGAUCAAAGCUCUCAACAACAAGUUUGCUUCCUUCAUCGACAAGGUGCGCUUCCUGGAGCAGCAGAACCAGGUGCUACAGACCAAAUGGGAGCUCCUGCAGCAGAUCGACGUCAGCACCCGGACCACCCGCCUGGACCCCCUCUUCCAGGCCUACAUCGGGGAGCUCAAGAAAAGAGUGGAUGAGCUCUCUGCGCAAAGGACGUCCCAGGACUCAGAGCUCAACAGCAUGCAGGAUCUCGUAGAGGAUUUUAAGAAGAAGUACGAGGAUGAAAUCAACAAGCGCACAGCUGCUGAGAAUGACUUCGUGACUCUUAAAAAGGAUGUUGACAGUACCUACAUGAACAAGGUGGAGCUGGAGGCCAGGGUGGGUGUGUUGAGAGAAGACCUGGAGUUCUUUCAGUUCCUCUUUGCUACGGAGCUGUCCCAGAUGCAACAGACCAUUACCGACACCAACGUCAUCCUGUCCAUGGACAACAACCGCUCCCUGGACCUGGACAGCAUCAUCGCCGAGGUGCGCACCCAGUAUGAGGAAAUCGCCCAGAGAAGCAAGGAUGAGGCUGAGGCGCUGUACCACAGCAAGUACGAGGAGCUGCAGGUGACUGCCGGCAAGCAUGGGGAGAGCCUCAAGGACCUCAAGAUAGAGAUCAGCGAGCUGAACCGCAUGAUCCAGAGGCUGCAAGGCGACAUCAGCCACGUGAAGAAGCAGUGCAAGAGCGUCCAAGACUCCAUUGCAGAUGCUGAGCAGAGAGGCGAGCACGCCAUCAAAGACGCCAAGAACAAGCUCACAGACUUGGAGGAGGCCCUGCAGCAGGCUCGGGAGGACCUGGCGCGCCUGCUGCGUGAUUACCAGGAGCUCAUGAACACCAAGCUGGCCCUAGACGUGGAGAUCGCCACCUACAGGAAGCUGCUGGAGGGCGAGGAGUGCAGGAUGUCUGGAGACUUCAGCAACAACGUGACUGUGUCCGUGACAAGCAGCUCCAUCUCUUCCAAUGUGGCCUCCAGGGCUGGCUUGGGAGGCAGAGGGUCCAGUUCUGGAGGAGGAUUCGGUUCCGGAAGCAGCAGUUAUGGUUCUGGAGGCAGAGGGUCCGGUUCCAGAGGUGGUGGCUAUGGCGGUGGCUCCCAUGGAGGCUCUGGCUCUGCGGGGGGAUUUGGCUCCGGAGGCGGCUCCCACGGAGGUUCUGGUGCUGGCGGUGGCUCCCGUGGAGGCUCCGGUUCUGCAGGGGGAUUCGGCUCUGGAGGCAGCUCCCGCGGAAGUUCUGGCACUGGCAGUGGCUCCCGCGGAGGCUCCGGUUCUGCAGGAGGAUACGGCUCCGGAGGCGGCUCUCGCGGAGGCUCCGGCGCUGGAGGAGGAGUUUCUGGCUCUGAGAAGGGUGGCUUGGGUGCAGGUGAAAGCUACGGUUCCAGCGUGACCUUCUCUUUCAGAUAA